ACACCUCUCCUCGUAGCGGUAGACUACAGCAACACAGACAUUGUCAAGCAGCUGCUAGCGAAGGGCGUCAACCUUCAAGCGCGAGACAAAGAACGGAGGAACGCCCUCCACAUAGCUGUAGCUGUCCAUACCUUCUAUGAAAUGGUUCAGAUGGUAGAGUUACUCGUUGCUGCCGGCAUCGACGUCAACGCGAGGAGCAAAAAAAGGGAAACUCCCUUGCAUGUGGCUGUACGGGAAAGCAAUUGCAAGAUUGUUGAGGUCUUGUUAUUCAAUGGUGCAGAUGUCUCUGGAGUAGACAAGAACGGACGGACGCCGCUGCAUAAAGCAGCUACUCGGGACCUUGAGACCGCGAAAGUACUGCAUAAGGCUGGCGCAGACAUCCAUGCUCGCAAUAAGGCUGGAGAUACGGUGUUAUACUCAGCUGUAGAAGGUUGUCAUCGCGAGAUAGUUGAGUGGUUGCUGUCGCUUGGUGCAGAUGCCUCUGUUGCUAACAAGGGAGGAUUGAAUGCUCUCCAUUGUGCCGCCAGAGGUGGCCAUCUCGAAGCCUUUGACUUUCUACUUUCCAGAGGCCUGGACAUAAAUAGUACUGAUGUAAGAGGCAACACAGUCUUGCACUAUGCAGCAGCUGGAGGCUCCCUCCUAAUUGUAAAGAGACUUCUGGAUCAUGGU